AUGCAGCAUGGAGGUGUGAUCGGGCGUAGGAUAGGCUGGGAACAUGCAGCUCAAAGAUUGACCGCAUCUGAUCCUCAGCAAAUCAGAGCCUCGAUGUCCACUCUUUGGAAGAGGUUCUUCGACACCCAGCCUUUCCCAUUUUGGCUCAUAUAUUAUCCCAAUAUGUUUAAUACACACGCUCAGAUGGCAGCUGUCAACCUGUACUCUGUACCAGAGGCAUAUAAGAGAGCAGCCUCGCUUAGAGACGAAAUCGAUAUCCUCUGUUUGACCAGGCUUGGGCCGUCUGUUGCCAUUCCAACCAGGUACAACGUGAAAUGGUAG